AUGGCAGACGAUGAAGAGGCCGAUGUUGCGGCCAUGUUGGAUCUCUCCAAGAAAAAGAAAAAGAAGAAAAAGAAGGAAAAGAAGGACGACAAACAGGCUUCCAUCAGUGCCAAAGCUGGGUCUGGAGCAGACUUGAGUGGGCAGGCAGCCAUGUUGGCGGAGCAAGAUCAGGCUCAAGAGGUUGAUGAUGACUAUGACCGAAAGGCUGAAUACACUUACGAAGAGUUGCUUGACCGUGUUGUGGACAUUCUUCAAACCAAGAAUCCUUCGUUGGUCGAGAAGAAGAAGCGUAAUAUCAAACCACCACAGUUGCAACUAUUGAGCAGCAAAAAGACUCUUUGGGUGAACUUUCAGGAGAUUUGUACAAUGAUGCAAAGAAGCCCUGAACAUGUCUACGCAUUUUUCAUGGCAGAAUUGGGUACUGAAGGAAGCAUUGAUGGUAAUCAACGUCUUAUCAUUCGUGGAAAGUACGUGCCCAAGUACAUUGAAUCCUUGCUUCGUAAGUACGUUGUCGAGUACGUCACUUGCGAGAUGUGUCGUUCUCCCAACACCGACCUGCAAAGAGAUGGUGCCAGUCGAUUGUACUUUUUGCAAUGCCGCGACUGUGGAAGUUCCAGAUCUGUGGCACCUAUCCGCAGCGGUUAUCAUGCUACUUCUCGAGCAGAUCGUCGUGCGGCAAGAAAUGCCAAGGGAUAA